AUGGGAAAUACUUGUACUCAAUGCUGCCAUGCAAGAGACAGAAAUGACAAGACUUUAGGGAUAGAGACUAGAAAUCACAAAUUCUUCUUCUAUAACUACCCAUUACUGAUUAAAGACAUUGAAAAAAGACUAAAUGAAUCUAAAGAGCAUAUUGCAAAUGGAAAUAAGGAUGGUAGAGGUCCCUACCCAACAUCACUUGAGAUAAAUCAUUUCAAAUGGGUGCUGAGUUAGUUGCAAGUAGAAAUUGAAUAGAACUUUGCAAAUUUAGAGGCAGAAAGGAUGCAUAGACACAAAAGAAGGUUAGCUAUAGAAAUAUGUGAUGCAGAUGGUUUCCUCAAAAUUCCAAUUGCUCCAGCCUCCCCUUUUAGCCAAAACAAAUGUCUAAUCAGAGUAUAAUUUAAUGGAAUAUAGAAAAAGACAAAGAAAAAUAUUAAUUGCAUUAAUCCGAAAUUUUUCGAGAUAUUUAGAUAUUCUCUCCCUGCCCCAGGUCAAGACAGCCAAGUACUUAUAUAAGUAAUAUUUGUUGAAUAAAAAGACGACUGGAAAGUUGUAGCAUAGACAUUUAUGGGAUUGAAAGAUUUUGAAGAUUAACUAGUCCAUCCAGUUUCAGUCAACAUGAAUGUCUUGAGAGAGCCUGUCAGAGUGAUAUCUGAUACAUUCAAGCAUAGAGGAGAAUUAAGUGAGUUUAGCUUUUCAAUGGACGGUGCAGAAUCAUGGAAAUAAUCAGAGUAUGAUGUAAAUCAAAGCUUCAACAGCAGGCGCGACUCUCUUAAUAAAUAUACAAAUAUCUAGGUAUCUUAAACUCCAAGAGGAAGGCUAUCAGAUAAUGGAAGAUUCAAUAAUUUCUUAUCGCCCAAUAACGUUUCAAUUGAUUAGCAACCAUGGUCUGCCACCAAAUCUAGGAACGACAAUUCAAAAAUGAAUGAGCAUUCUGCCUUAUAUGAAAACUCAGCUUUACUCAGAAGCUCCGGUGAUAUGUCUGAAUUGUACUCUGGAGAAAAAAUUCGUCUUAACUUGAAAGUUUAAAUGAUCACUGAUGGUGAAAGUUACAUUUAAAGGUAUCUAGAUCUUUAUGACAUAAAGCUUCAAGAAGUGCAAAUGUUCAUUGAUUAGUAUGGAUCAUACAGCUAAAGUCCGAAGAGGACAAACAAAUCUAUGAAUUUCUAAGAGUGA